AUGAAAGUGUUAUACGCCCCUGACAAGGAUCUCAUCCCCAAUCCAGUUAUUUUCAGGGUACGUUUCUCAAAUAUUGAUCUUGGCACCAAAUCUUGCAAUCAUUGUGUGUAGACAUUUGCCACUAAAUCUUGCAAUCAUUGUGUGUAGACAUUUGCCACUAAAUCUUGCAAUCAUUGUGUGUAGACAUUGGCCACUAAAUCUUGCAAUCAUUGUGUGUAGACAUUUGACACUAAAUCGUGCAGUCCCUGAGUGUAGACAUUUGACACUAAAUUUUGCACUCCUUUUGUGUAGAGUGUAGACAUUUGCCACUAAAUCUUGCAGUCCUUGUGUGUAACGAGAAUUAUAGCAGAGUAUUAUUUUUUAGCAUUGUUUAUAAAGUAAAACUGGAAAUGUGUCAACUGCCAGCAGUUAAACAAUGAAUACACUUUAGUUAAAAUUACAAUAAUGGGCGCCAUUUUCCAUUAAAGUUCGCCUUUGUUGGUGCCAACCGAUUCAGUGCAUUCUUGAUUGCUAAUUGAGUGGCGCGUUGGUUUUGGGCAACAUGUGAGAGUGUCAUAAACAUACGUGUUUCUAGUUACAUUGGUCUGUCGUUUAGUUUUGAUUCUUAUUUCCUUUGUGAUACUUCGUAAGAUAUCGUGAUUGCUUGAUCAAAUGAUAAGAAACGAUUUCAACUUCUGGAUAUAAGAACUGAUGGGUCUAAGAACUGAAGGGUCUAAGAACUGAUGGGUCUAAGAACUGAUCGGUCUUAGAACUGCUGGGACUAAGAACUGCCUGGUCUUAGAAGUGCUUGGUCUCAGAACUGCUGCGUCUAAGAACUGUUGGGUCUAAGAAUUGCUGGGUCUAAGAACUGCUGGGAACUGCUGGGUCUAAGAACUGCUCUUUCUAAGAAAUUCUGAGGCUGGGGUCUAAUUACUGGUGGGUCUAAGAACUGCAGGGUCUAAGAAACUGGUCCUGUGUUAUAAAGAGAUUUCCUUGCCACAUCUAAAUUUGCCUUUCACGUCUUUCACGUCAAGUACUCGUGGCUUAAACUAAUACUAAAGUUGAUUUAUUGACUUAAGCAUUUCAAAAGAUUAAAAUUAUUAUCAAUUCCCCUUCGCAGCUACUGAGCAGCCCCUACAGACCAAAAGAGCUCUGUACGAUACACCGUAUCUUAGAGUGUGCUGACAUGUCUAUCAAGACUCACACAGGACAAACUCUUUUAUUUCAAGCUAUUUACACGGAAGAGCCGUUGAGUACCAUCAAUCUCCUGCUGGACAAGGGAGUUAAUAUCUCGGCCAGAGAUUCCGUGGGAAGAACUGCCCGAGAUUUUGCUGAAGCUCAUUCGAGAAAGAAAUAUGUCAAGGUCAUUGACAGCUUCGUCAUAAAAGCUAUUAAAAAUAAAGAUUUCCCUUUAAUUGAGCGGCUUUUAUUGGAAGGCUAUG